ACAGCCUUCGAACUGGGAUGAACAGGGCGGUGGCGGUUGAGAUCGGCAGCGAUCGGCGGCGACGCAACGAUCAUUGAGGGAGAGUGAAGGAGGUGAUCGGAGACGGUGGCGACGACAUAUCAACUGUGCGUCGUCACCGGCGGUGAUGGCUCCCGUCCAGCGGCACAACAGGGGUCCCGUACCCAAAUACGGUGUGUUUGAUUCAUCCCAUUACUUCUUCUUUAGAGUUGUGAGUAGGGGAAUUAUGUUGAUUUCGAUCGUUGGAAUUCUUCUGGUCAUCAGUUUAGUUCAAUUCGGCACUGAUUUGCUUAGGGUUUGGACACAACCGUAGGGUUUUUGUAUGGAUGAACUGAAAAAUUGAAUUUCCUUUUUUGUGUUUGACACCACAAGAGACUGAUUACUUCACUAUGGAGUUCAUUUAUGAUGGAGUUUUCAUGGGGACAGGAGGCAAUAGGUCCUAUGUUAAUGGUAGGAAGGUUUCAUAUGAUUACUGUGAAGCUGAUGUAAUAUGUAUGGCCAUGUUUGGCGAUUUAAUUAAGGCAUUGGGUUAUGAAAGAAGGGGCAGAAUUAACAUAUACUUUUUGCUGCCCGGUAUGCAAAUCAAUGAAGAUGGUCUGCGGUUGUUAUCAAAGGACAGCGACACAACGUGCAUCAGGGCUAUGGUUAGAGAGGGACAUAGGUUUCUCAUGUUUUAUCUUGUGCAUGAUGAUAAAAUUGCUGCAGAAACACAGGAUGAUGUUAUUGCAAACCCCACCACUGAGUUGCCCAAUGUUAUCAGCCCUAUGAAUUGCGGUACAGACCAGGAGCAUGAGAGUGUUUUGGAGCAGAGCAUUGUGUCACCUAGUCAUGCUGAUGAGAGUAGAAUAGAAGGGACGAGUACAUGCAAAGGGAGAGGAAAAGCAAAGGAAGAAGAUGAUGUGUGUAGUGAUGAUGAAUCAUGUGACUCUGAUUACGUUGCAUCACUAGUAGACAGUGACUAUGAUCUAGAGGAUGGUGAUGCUGAUUUGUUCAUUGAUAGGAAGCAGAAUGGUGCAGAGAAGGAAUGCAAAGGGAAAAGUAAAGAAAUUGUAGAAGAUGACAUUUCUGAAGAUGAUAAACUGGAGCUUCCAGAUUCAGAUGAAGAAGACAUGAAAUUCAAUUUCAAGCAUUUUACAGAUGCAGAUAUGAAUGCGCCCAAGUUUCAUUUGGGUCAGGUCUUCACAUCUAUUGAUCAGUUGAGGAAAGCAAUUAGGGAGUACAGUUGCAAGGAGAGGUUGAACAUAACCUUUCCGAAGAAUGACAAAACUAGGCUUGGAGCGAAAUGCAAUGAUGGAUGCCCUUGGUACUUGUAUGCAUCAUAUGACAACAGGACACAAUCCAUCAUGAUCAAGACAUUCAAAGAUGAACACACUUGCUGCAAAAAGUGGCAAGUAAAAGCUUUUACAGCCAGAUAUAUAGCUCAUAAGUAUGUGGAGAAGAUCAGAGCUGAUGAGAAGAUUACACUUCAGGGUUUUGGGUCACUAGUGCAACAAGAAUGGAACAUGAAAGUGAAGAGGGGAAAACAUGGGAGAGCUAGGAAAAUUGCACACAACAUAAUCUAUGGAGAUGAAAUUGCACAAUACAAUAAGUUAUGGGACUAUGGGCAUGAGUUGAGGAGAUCCAAUCCAGGCAUCACUUUCUUUGUUGAGCUUGCCGAUGAUGGUCAGUUUCAGAAAUGUUAUUUCUCAUUUGAUGCAUGCAAGAGGGGGUUUCUAUCUGCUUGUAGGCCAGUACUUUUUGUUGAUGGAACCCAUUUGAAGACCCAAUUUAGUGGCAUUCUCUUGACAGCUAUUGGAAUGGACCCCAAUGACUGCAUCUUUCCAAUAGCUUUUGGUGUUGUUGAAGUUGAGAAUACAAAAAGUUGGAGGUGGUUCUUGACUGCAUUGAAAGAAGACCUAGGCAUUGUCAACACCUCCCGAUGGAGCAUUAUGUCAGACAAGCAGAAAGGAUUAAUUAGGGCUGUUAAGGAACUGUUUAGUGACUCAGAGUACAGAUUUUGUGUUAGGCAUUUGUGGCAGAAUUUCACAAAAAACUUUAAAGGUGAAAUCUUGAAGAACCAACUAUGGAGAUGCGCAAGAAGUACUACAACAGGUCAAUUUAGGGCCAACAUGGACCAUAUGUUGAUUUUAAAUAAAGAAGCUCAUGACUGAUUGGAUGAGUUAGAUCCGAAAACUUGGGUUAGAGCUGAUCAAAGAGAAUUCCCUAAGUGCGAUGUGCUACUGAAUAACAAUUGUGAGGUCUUCAAUAAGUACAUAUUAGAAGCAAGAGAAAUGCCCUUCUUAAGCAUGGUGCAGACCAUAAAGGGGCAGAUAAUGGCGAGAGUUUAUUCCAAGAAGGAAGAAGCAGGGAAGUGGCAUGGCACCGUAUGUCCAAAAAUUAGGAAAAGACCUCAAAGGCAUGUGGAAGCUGCUAAUACAUGCACGGCUGACCCAGCAGGACUUGGGAUAUUCCAAGUUAAUGACAGAGGUGCAGAUUUUGAAGUGGACAUCAGGUUGAGGACUUGUAGCUGCAAGAGAUGGGAUUUGACUGGAAUACCAUGUUGUCAUGGAGUGGCUGCUUGUAGGCAUGACCAAAUACCUCCAGAAGAAAUGGUGCAGUCAUGCUACUCCAUUCAAACAUAUUUAAAAGCAUAUGAGCAUAUUAUCAUGCCAUGCAAAGAUGUGGCUGAGUGGCAGAGAAUGUAUGGAAGAGAAAUACUUCCUCCACCAAUUCUGAAAAAGAAAGGAAGGAGAAAUAAAAAUAGGAGACAACAACCAGAAGAGAAAGAGGGAAGGGCAGGGCGAAAAAUGGGUAGAGGAGGGGCUGUUAUCCAUUGCAGCUAUUGUGGUGCUGCGGGCCACAAUAUCGGAGGAUGCACUGAUUUUAAGCUUGGUUUGAAACCAAAGAAAAAGGGCAAGGUAGUUAGAGCUGAGCCACCGGUUUCCUCUGAUUCAGAAAAUGAGGAUCCAGUCCUAACUCAGGAGCAAAAUAUGCAAACUAUGGGUAUGAGUCAACCAGAACGUACUACAUAUGAAGCAGAGGCCAUUUCUACAUUGAUAGCUGAGACACAAUCAAGCCAGAGACCGAUUGUGCAACCAACUGCUUUACCAGAAAAUGCUUUCAUUCAAGGAAAUGUCCAAAUGCAGCCCCGAGUGCACGAGACAACUGCCACAAUCCAUGGAAAUGUUCAUAGGAAGAGAGAGGUGUUAGCUUUGGCCAAAUUGAAAGCAGGAGCCGAGACAAGGGACGUAGCGGAUCAAGCCAAAUUUGAUGCAGCCAUGGCAAAGCUUAAAGAAGAAGAGAAUAAACUAAUGCUAGCAGCUGAGCAGAGAAAACAAGAGCUGCAAGAAAAGAGGAAAGUUGCUGAAGAGAAAAAAAAAGCAAUGUUGGAGCAGAAAAAAUUAGAAGCUGAGGCAAGAAAAAUAGCUGCUGAAGAAAAAAAGGAAAGCUCAAGAGGAGAAAUUUGCACGUGCAGAGGCAAAAAGGUUAGCUAUGCAAGCAAAAAAAAGAGAAGCAGCAGAGGCAAAGCAAAAGAAGGCAGAAGAAAAAAAAGAAUUCAAGAAGAGAGAGGCAGAAGAAGCAUAUGCAAGGGAGGAAAUGAACUUUAUUUUCAUGCAGCAAGAUGAGCAGGAAAGGCAGCAGAGAUUUAAAGAAUAUCAACACCAAAAGGAGCAAGCAACGAAAAAGGCUUGGGAGGGUCCUGUCGUAACACAGGUUAAUAGGGCUCAAGCUGCUACAGCAAGAGAAGAGGAGGUUAGUAGGGCUCAUUCUUCUACAGCAAGGCAAACCAUUGUGGAGAAAAGAAAGCUAGAUGAUAUGGAAGCAAUGAGGUUAAGAGUUGAUGAGGAGAGGUACAGGGCAUGGCUGCAAAAAGAAGAGCAGAUGGAGCAAGCAAACAGUCAACAAGGCACUUCCAACAAAAGAACUCUUCUCAGUCCGCAAAACACUCAAUUUAAGAUGCCAAGAAAAGUUAGUAUGUUUGAUUAUCUGAGGGAGUAGUUUAGUUCAUGUGAUCUGCCAAUUUCAGUUUAUUUUGGAUUACCAUGUAGUUGAAACUAUGUUUAUUUUGUGAGAUGUGCUCAGGAGACUAUAUUUAUUUUCUAAAAUGUGUUUAUGAUCAUGUUUUGCUCAUGAUCAUGAUG